AUGUUGACAUUCUGUCCGUACUGCUCGAACAUGCUGGUUGUAUGUAUAUUCUUCAGGUCAUCAAUCAAACAGGCGGGUUUGCUAACAGUUAUAGAUUUCGAAAUCCCAGGACUUGGGUGCAAACAGAUUUACAUGUCCUACAUGUCCAUAUGA